AUGCAGCGAGUGCGCAACCGACGGAAGCUGCUCGGAUCGUCGUCCAGCGAGUCCAAGAAGCCCAGGAUCGACUGCAGCAAGGCCUUUCGCCCGCUGGAACGAGCGCAGACUCUGGAGCACUCCUCCAUUCCAAUCCCGGCAUCAACUCCCGUCUCAUCCCUGCCACCCACCACGGACGACAAGGUCCGCCUGCCUUUAGCAGCAUCACAGACGUCUGCAGCCGGGACAACUGCUACUACUUCGGGGGAUGUCCAGCGACAGUGGAACGAUGGCUCAGAUGCCCGGGGUACCGUUGUGGAGAAGCUGCGCGAUCGCUUGGAUUCCUUGCGAGAUCCGAGGCCCAAGGACCUCGACUUGGCGAGAUGCGGUCAUGAGCUGCGCCUUGGGGAGGACGUGCUGUAUUUCCCGUUCCCGCCAAUGCCUCCUCAGUGCCAGGUUGCUGCGUAUGCCGUCAGGGCUUGUGAGCGAGGGGGCAUCGCCAUGCUCCAGUCGCCUACCGGCACCGGAAAGAGUUUGGCCCUUCUAUGUUCGACACUGGCCUGGCAGAGGAGGCGAUUGCAAGCGGUGGGCUCUGCUCCGCAGAUUCUCUAUGGUGUACGGACGCAUGCGCAGCUGAGCCAGAUCGUGGCAGAGCUACGCAAAUCUGCCUACAGGCCUCGGAUGGCUGUGAUCGGCAGCCGGGACCAGCUUUGCACGAACGGCCUCGUAAAAGCGCAGGCAGCCCAGCGGCAGGUGGCCUUGAGUCUGGCGUGUCGCCAGGCGGCGCGCCAGGCGGUUUCGCGAAAUCGUGUUGCCGGCGACUGUGGCUGCGAGCUCUAUGCAGGCCUCGGCAGUGGGCGAUUUGCGGAGCGUCUCCAUGACCAGUGCGGACAGGGAGGUCGGAUCUGGGAUGUCGAGGACCUGACGAAGGUUUGCAGUCGCGGGACAGACCGGGGCUGCUCGUACUACUCAUCGCAUGUACUCGCUGGCGACGCCGACAUUGUCUUCUGCCCCCACAACUACAUUCUGGAUCCGGCCGUUUCGAAGUGCAGAUCGCAUCAUCGAGAGCGUUGGUCGCUGCAAGGCCGGAUCAUCGUCAUCGACGAAGCGCACAACCUUGAGCAGGCAUGCCGGGAGGCAGGCAGUCUUCAAAUCUCAUUGCCAGAGCUUCGACAAAUCUGCCGUGCUCUCAGACAGAUGCCGCUGAGGCACGGCGACAUGCGCUUUGGCAGUGAUGGGAAGAACUUUACGUGUGCACAGGCUGCUAUUGAGCUGGAGCGCUUGCCAGAGCAAAUUGCCAGCUUUCUGGAGGGACAUCAGGCCACCAAAGCGGCGGGACCGCUCUGCGGCGCCCUGCAGCGCCUUUGGGGCUUAGAGGCUUCGGCCAAGCCCGGCGAGGCAAUAUCCCCAACACGCGAUUUCUUUCAGUACGCCGGGCUCACGAGUCGGAAGCUCCUGGGAAAGGGCAUGGAGGACUUGGUCUUGGAGGCCGUCGAUCGCCUGCUGCAGGAGCAGUCCACCAGUGAGACAGACAGCACACCGUCACCGGCGGAUGGAGCCAGUGAAGAUGCAGAGCUUUUUGCUGCGCUGGAUAAGCUGAAGGGGCUGAUCUUCAAGCUACGCCUGGCCUCGCAGUACCCGGAAUGCUACGUCGUUGGCAUCUCACCUGCAGAGGGCCCGGCUCAGUCGCUGAGUGCAUGGCUGAUGACGCCCGGAGUCCUUUUCGAGAUCUUUGCUGGCUCUGCUCACGCAGUGCUGUUGGCAUCGGGGACGCUGACGCCUCUAUCCUCAUUGCAGGCUGAGCUCGCAGACUCUCCGACCCUUUCCUCGCGAGCGCUGCCCGAGGGUCCCCUGGAAGCCUUGCACGUGGUGAGCUCCAAACAAAUGCUGGCUGCUGUGCUGCCCUGCUCCGGCAACCUACGCCUAGUUGGAACCUACGACCAGUGGCACACGCAAGAGUUUCUGGAGGAGCUGGGCAACUGUGUCUUGCAGCUGAUCCUUUCAAUUCCCGGCGGAGUGCUCUGCUUUCUGCCCAGCUAUCAGACGUUGGAGCUUGCGACAGCAGCCUGGAAACGCCGGGGCGGGGCCUCCGGAGGAGGCAGCCUGUGGCGAAGGAUGGAGGAGGUGAAGGGCGCGCUCGUCUCAGAGCCACGUAGUGCUGGCAAGGAGAUGUCGGACGCCUGUGCCACUUUCAUUAACAGCGUUCGAAGUGGCCAUGGGGCUCUCGCACUGGCGGUGUACCGUGGGAAGAUGAGCGAAGGACUCGACUUCACCGAUGACCUCUGUCGGGCGGUAAUCUGCAUCGGCAUUCCCUAUCCGCAGGUGAACGACCCGGUGGUAUUGGCAAAACGACAGUGGAAUGAUUCCCGCACGCGCAAAGUGGGCACUCUCAACGGCGACCAGUGGUACGAGCAGCAGGCUUACCGUGCGAUCAACCAGGCCCUGGGUCGAUGUUUACGACAUCACAAGGACUUUGGGGCCGUGCUGCUGCUGGACGCUCGCUGGGCUUCCCGCGGAGAGCGAGCCCGAGGCCUGCGCAAGCAUCUCGCUCCGUGGCUCCAGCGCCACGUUUUCGAGUCGACCAGCUGCGAAGAAUUGAGUCGACGUCUUCAAGCACACUUUCAAGCAGCCAGGAUGCCGUCGGAUGUGACGCGAACGCCAGCUGCAGCACAGCAGGCGAGUGGAGUCCCAGAGCCUGCCGCCGUGCCAGAGGAGGCGCAGGGUGCGCGACCAAAGCCGAAGAGGCGUCUUCUAGACCUGCUGAAGGCAGAUGCACUGAAGCGCUGCGUCGCGGGGGGGCACGCGGUCGUUCAAUCAGGCCGCACUCGACAUCUUCUGCCGCCUCUGCGGAUUGGCUGA